AUGCUAGUUGAGCAUACUUCCCAUGAUAACCAGCGCGGACAUCAGUUCUUGGAUUUGGGUGUCACUGGCUUUCAUAACUCCAUUCGGACAAGAACCUUCGCCUGUCUUGCGAGACCAGGAUUUCACGGGACAAAUGGGUUAUCCUUCAGCCCACAAGCUGUUGAGAUUUUCUUGGGAUUCACCAAUACGUUUGACACUCUGAAGUCAAACGGUCCCAGAUUUGCUCGAGAUGCUCAUCCAAGAAGAGGGGUUGCUCACCGAUGUGCUGCUGGUGAGAUUCACCCGAGAAAUGCACUCCCAUAUAUUCGAUUAUCGGAUAACGGGAUCAAUGAACACAUUCUUUUUCAUACUGACCAUCGGAACAGUGUUCAUCCACGUACCAGCCCUGUUGGAAACACUUCUGUGUGGGUUAACUCGCAGAAACUUGGGGGCCUUCGAAGAGUUGCCUUAACAGGAACGGGAAGAGACUCAGUGGACCAUUUUGUGAAGAAAGCAACCACUUAUAUUCCAUUGCUUCGAGGAGUGAAGGACUUGCAACGAUCGAUGAGUCCACACUGUCGGUUCCAGUCCGGGCGGGCUUUGGUGGCCCUUCGACUUGAUAGCAGCAGCAACAUUGAUUGGGUAGUCCGAGAGGGCAAUUUGAAUGUUGCAAUUUGCUCCAUUUACGCAAUUGUGAAAACAGAUACUCGGGCAGGGGAAUUCAUUCAGGACUUUGUUGGGUCAGUUCUGGCAGUGGUGCUACGACAAGGUUUGAAUGGCUCCAUUCUUUCUCUUUUGGUGCAACUUGCAACAAGGAGAAUCAAAAUUCCUUGUGGUGUGAUCAAAGGGGAUCAAAUUCUGCAUUGGAUUAUCUCACAAACUCAGUUCACUGACAAGAAUGAGUACAUCUCAACGGAAUGCUUGCAUCAACUGAGAACGGGUGGUUAUGGGGUGACGAGACGGAGUGGUACAUUUCGAUCCAUGACUGCAAGAUUGGAAAGGCUUUCUCCAAGUUCGCUGACUUCCAAGUGCUUUAUCGAGGCAGUGAAAUUGGGUUGUUACGUGGCGUACUUUCCCCCUUGCUUGCUGCCGGAAGUCUUGACCUAUAUAGACUCUGGAUCUUUGUCCUUUUUGUCGGAUAGAUACAAAAUUGAGAAGCGACUACAACGACAUGGACAACCCUGGAAAGAAGUUGUGAAAUCUGCAAGUUUCUUUCUUCGUACGACUGAGAGAGAAGCAACACAAUUGAUUGCCUCCAUGAGUACAUUGGAAUCUGACGCAGUUCUUGAUGGAUCAGUUUCAAAGAAUCAGGCUUUGAUUCCUUUUCUUCGACAUCUGUAUUACUAUGAUGAUCGAAUGAAGACUGUCAUGACAGUCAAUGAUGCUGGUGUUCAUGAGGCUGCUCCACCACUCUGUGACAGCUUUGUAUGGCCACACCAGCAGCAAAAUGUUGUUCAAAAGAAGCACGAUUUUGUCAAGAUUGUUUCCCACCAGGGACCCUUCGAUCAAGGAGAUGCGUUGUUCAAAGGGUCUCUGUACAAAUUUCCAAGUGAAAUGGGCCGAUGGAUCCCUUACUUACGAACCGUACAAUGA